AGAGUAAAAAAGCAGGGAGUAGAGGGGGGAAGGAGAAGGAGGGAGGAGCAACGAGAUAGUGGACAGCUAAUAAAUAGAUGGUCUGGGUCAGAGAGGAACUGAAAGAUCGGAAAAGGAUGGAAAAAUGUGUGUGUGUCUGUGUGUCUGUAUGUAUUUGUGUCUGUCUGUAUGUAAGUAGCAUCAGGUGAGGAGCCUCCUUUACUCCUUCUGUGUGUAUGUGUCUAGAUGUCUGUGUGUGACUGUGAUAAUGGGGGGGGUAAAGAAGGGAAGAAUAAUGGGAGCAGGCAGGGGGGACAGGGGCUUGACAAAGGGGCAGGAGAGAGGGUCAGAGGGAACACGAAGAGUAGAUUAGAAGAGAUGGAUCAGAGGUAGGAUGGGGGGGCAAGCUGAGACAAAGCUGUAUUGAGAGACAGGCAAAAGAAAGAGAAAAGAACAGUAAAGUGGAGAGAGUGAGAGGGCUAAGGAAGAAUGGGACUUAGAGGGACACAGAAGAAUCAGAAGGGGAAAUAGAGGAAUGGAGAUGAAUAGGUGGAGAGAAGGGGCUAAUGUGGAGACAAGGGGUAGUGAGAGCCUUAGGAUUUCGGAUAUAAAGAGGUUUUAGACAAGGCUAGAGUCAUGGGCCAAAGAAGUCGGGGAAGAGGAAUAUGAUAGGGAGUCAGUCCUAGGGCCUCAAUGUCAAGGAUCAGAUAAUAAUUGUAAAAGCACAGUGCCCGACACAUACUAGGCACCAAAUAAAUGCUUGCUUUUUCCUCUUAUUCUUUGAAGAAGUGCAGGGACUCUUUAGAUAAUGACAUAUAGCAAAGUUUCUUAAACUGUGGGUCUUAUAAUUAAUUGUAGGGGGUCAUGAAAUUAUAGUUUAUUAUCAGUAAAUGUUUGAUUUAUAUACUUAUUUUAGAUUUCUCUAUACUUGUGGUCAUAUGAAAAUUUCUCAGGUGAAAAGGGAUCACAAGUAGAAAAAGUUUAAGAAGUUUUGAUAUAUAACAUAUGGACAAGUGUGUUCAGGUUUGUCUCUCCCUUAUCCUGUAUGUUUGUGUAUAUAUACCUGAUUGGAUGAGUGCCCAUUGAAGAAAUCAAAAGGCUUUUUGAUUAUGCCAUAUUAAGUUUAAGAUUUGUUAGAGUACAGCCAAAUCCCAUGGGUUGGCUCUGGACAAGAGAAAUACAUCCUUGUCUUUUAUGAACCAUUAGUUAAAUGAAGAAAAGUGAUAGCUCUUAUACUAGCACUUGGUCAUCUUUAAUCCAAAGAAUGAUUGAGUAGGCAAAUUCAAUCUAGAGAUUCUUGGAGGGAAUUUAAGUAACACUUUCAGAUCUUGGUAACCAGCCUCCGAUACUUUAGUACUAUCACUCUCUUCAGGAGAUUUAGGGCCAAUGAGGAACUUGUGGAAGUGGAGGCUUUUUUAGUUCAGAUUUUUAUGGCCCAUAACAUCUGGAAUUUGUGGAACUGGACUAGCUUUUGACAUGGAUUUGAGUUGAGCAGUGGUUUGGCUGAUUACAUUUGACUGUUUCAUUGCUAUCAGAAUUCUUUUGAUAAAGGGGGAGAAAAGGCCAUGAUUAUUUUCUAGUAAUGAAAGAUUUGUGAUUUCUGCUUCAUAACUGAAUUGGGUGAAGAGCUUUCAUGCACCAAAUCUGCCAUGUAAUCUAUGAUUCCUGCUUCCUAAGACCACAGAAAUCUAUACUGCCCAGUCCCUUUGCUGCAACAUCACUGGUUGGCUAUGAUUCUGUACUUGCUAAGUAUGGUCCAUUGGGAAACAGCAUGUCAAAAUGUCACUGUCAGAAUGCUAAAAGUUUUGACAUGUUAAUCUGAGCUCAGUUUUUGUGGGAUUAAUUUUAUGCUGCAGUAAAAUUCCCUCUGUCGCUUUGGAAGGCAGAGUUCACCCUGGACAUCUAUGCCUCACCUGCUGAUAGCUUUUCUUACUGUAUGUAGCAUGAUUGAAAACACUGUACUUCCUCAUGAAUAAAUUCUGUUUUCAGACUCAUACAAAUCCUUCUGCUCUCUUUUGAAAAGAGGCCUGCCACUGCCCUUUCUGGGUUUGGUGUCAGACUAUGAUCUAGCUUCCUCGUUUGUGGAUGAGGGGGCCUCACAUAUAAAGCAUUCCUGGUGAAAGAAAGAUUGGCUCGCAGGCACAUGGGAGCGACUUUUGACUGUCAUUGAGGAAAGAAAGGUGGACUAUAUAGAAAACUUUUAUUCUUUGAAUGCCAGGUUAGAUGAGGCAGAGUAAGGCUGCUUGAUCUUUUCUGUUCACAUCCUUUAUGUCUCUGUUCCCAGGGACCAGGGGGAGAAACCCCUCUUACAGGUGUCCACCUGGAAGUGAUAAGGCAAACAAGAAGACUGAAAAGUAGGAGAUCUACCUAGGUUGGAACUCACCACACUCUACCAUGGCCACCACCCUUGAGUCCCCAGUUCAGUCUCCAAUAGAGCAGGAGGGACUCCUCAUAGUGAAAUUAGAAGAAGAUUCUUCCUGGAAACAAGAAUCUUCUCUUUGGGGAGAUGAACUUGAUCUUGAGAUCUCUCGUCAGCGCUUCCGGCAAUUUCAAUAUCAGGAGGAAUCUGGACCCCACCAAGCUUUUAGCCAGCUCUGGGAGCUUUGUUGUCGGUGGUUGAGGCCAGAAGUACGUAUGAAAGAGCAGAUCUUAGAGCUUCUGGUGCUGGAACAGUUCCUGAAUAUCUUACCCAGAGAGAUCCAAAGUUGGGUUCGAGAACAUCACCCAGAGAGUGGUGAGGAGGCUGUUGCUUUGGUGGAGGAUUGGCAUGAAAAUCCUAGGAGAUCACGACAGCAGAUUACUACCAAUGCACAUGGAAAGGAAGUGGCCUCGAAGGAGUCUAAGCCUUUGGGAACAGGGAAGGAUUCAGAGAUAGCGCCCAUGGACUGCCAGUUUAAGGGACAAACCCAGAAAAAGCUGCUGCAGGAUUCCUGCCUGGGGCUGCCUGAGCAGUGCCAGCUCAAGGAGGAACCAAGGCCUCUUAAAGAGAAUGCUGUCCUUGCUCCCCGGGUUCCUGCUCUGCCUAAGAUGGGUAGUGUUGGUGACUGGGAGAUGGCAGCUGCGUCCCAGGUAACAGAUGAAGAUGCAUCAUUGUACUUCUCUGCAAUCAAUGGGAACCCUUCUCAGAAGACUGUCUGCAAGAAUACCACAAGAGAGAGUUAUGGAAAUGAGCUUUCACUGGUUUUGAAGUCUAGCAGCAUCUCCUGGCCAGAGCAAGGAAGAGAGCCAUGUGUACCAAACCUUCUGCACUCUGGGAAAAGAGAGAACCCUGCAGAUCAUAGUACACGUGAAGAACAAGUGAGACUAGGGCAAACAUCCUCUGUGAAGGAAGGAAAAUCCUGGGAAGAACAGGAACAGUGGGAUAUGGAGGACAUGAGGGUUACUGGAGUGCACUGGGGCUAUGAGGAAACAAAGACUUUCCUUGCAAUCCUUGGUGAGUCUCCAUUUUCUGAAAAACUUCGGACCUGCCAUCAGAACCGCCCUGUGUACCGGGCCAUCUCUGAGAGAUUGAGAGAACGGGGUUUCCUGCGAACCCUAGAGCAAUGCCGGUAUAGGAUCAAAAAUCUUUUAAGAAAUUAUAGGAAAGCUAAGAGCAGCCAUCCCCCUGGCACUUGCCCUUUCUAUGAGGAAUUGGACACUCUGGUGAAGGCUCGGACUGCUGUCAGAGCCACAGGCAUCUCAGAGAAGGCUUCAAGCCUCCCCAGGUUGGGGGAUAGUGAUGCUGAGACAGAAGAGCAGGAAGAAAGGAACUGGGAACAUGAGACAACUACUGAGGCUACCACAGCUGAAGACUGUAAAAGGAAUGAGAUGGUCAUUGGAGAGCCAAUCCAGCGACCCAAGAUGUCUAGUGGCUCAGCCUUUUUCCAAAGUCGUGUUGCAGGUGUGCACUGGAGCUAUGAAGAAACCAAGAUUUUCCUUGCCAUUCUUGGUGAAUCUCCAUUCUCCAAAAAACUUCAGACCUGUCACCAGAAUAGCCAAGUAUAUCGUGCCAUUGCUGAGCGUCUGCGCCAACGGGGUUUCCUCCGGACACUAGAACAGUGUCGCUACAGGUUCAAAAACCUCCUACGAAGUUACCGGAAAGCUAAAAGCAGUCAGCCCCCAGGGGUUUGCCCCUUUUAUGAAGAACUGGACACUCUCAUGCGUGCACGAGCAGUUCUCAGAAAUGCCCACCUCUCAGAAAGGCCAGGAAGGAUAGAUGCUGAAGAACUGGACCAAAGGACUUGGAGACAGGAGGAGGAGGAGGAAGAGGAGGAAGAAGAGGAGGAGGAGGAGGAAGAGGAGGAAGCAAUCAAAGAGGAUGAGGGCAGUGAUGUGCCAGCCCAGCAUUUUAAAACCCUUGAUACUGCAGCUCCAUUUAAAAGCUGCAUUGGUCUGGACCUGAAGUGUGAGAAUGAAGAACAGAAUUUAAAGCAGGAUGUUUCUAAGGAGCUGCAUAAGACAUCAUCAAAACAUUUUGAAGAAGAUGGUCACCAGUCUGUUUGGGGAAAAGACAGUGAAGAUGAAUAUGAAUCAUCAAGACAGUAUGAAAGUUCUUCAGAGGAACAGUGGGAGAAAUGUUCUGAAGAGGAUUUAGAAAAACUAAUAGAUCAUCAGGGACUGUACCUAGCAGAAAAACCCUACAAAUGCAAUACAUGUGUGAAAAGUUUCAGUCGGAGCUCUCAUUUUAUUGCACAUCAACGAAUCCACACUGGUGAAAAACCCUACAAAUGUCUCGAAUGUGGGAAAAGCUUCAGUGACCGUUCUAACCUCAAUACUCAUCAGAGAAUCCAUACUGGAGAGAAACCUUACAAAUGUCUUGAAUGUGGAAAAAGUUUUAGUGAUCAUUCAAACCUAGUUACUCAUCAGAGAAUCCACACAGGAGAAAAACCUUAUAAAUGUAGUGAGUGUUGGAAAAGCUUCAACCAGAGUUCAAACCUUAUUAAACAUCAGAGAAUCCACAUGGGAGGAAAUACUGAUAGAUUUAGUGAACAUGGAAUAAGCUUUGCUAACAAUCCAUCUUUGAGGGCACACUUGAAAAACCACAUUGGGGAGAAGAUCUCUGAGCAGCUUGAAGGAGAAAACAAUUUCAGUAUGAACUUAACUUGUUCUGGGCCCCAGGGAACUGACUCUGGAGAAAAACCCUUUGAAUGUCAUGAAUGUGGAAGAAGCUUCAGUAAGAGCUCAGCCCUUACUAGUCACCAAAGAAUUCAUACAGGGGAGAAACCUUAUGAAUGUGCAGAAUGUGGGAAAAGCUUCAGUAAAAGCUCAACCCUUACUAACCAUCAAAGAGUCCACACAGGUGAAAAACCAUAUAAAUGUGUUGAUUGUGGGAAAUGCUUCAGUGAACGUUCAAAGCUUAUCACUCAUCAGAGAGUUCACACGGGAGAGAAACCCUAUAAAUGUAUGGAGUGUGGCAAAAACUUCCGUGAUCGUUCCAACCUCAUUACUCACCAUAGAAUUCACACAGGAGAGAAACCAUAUAGAUGUGGUGAGUGUGGGAAAUGUUUCAACCAGAGCUCAAGCCUUAUUAUACACCAGAGAAUCCAUACUGGAGAGAAACCCUACAAAUGUACUGAGUGUGGAAAAGACUUCAACAAUAGUUCGCACUUCAGUGCCCACCGGAGAACACACACUGGGCGUAAAGUUAUAUAGGAGAGAAAAAACAAGGCUUUUAUUUUAUUUUUCGAGCAUCAUAUAUUUGCUAGAAAAGUGCUUUUUAAAGCUUUAGGCUCAGUUCAUCCCAGGGAAACAAUACUGGUAUAAAGGCAAACAACUUGGAGAUGAAUAGUUGAAUAUUAAAACACAUUUCACAAAAACAAUUUGCUUUUGUGUUGGGGGAAAACACAACAACUCACAAACAUAUUUCUUAGGCCAAUCUUGCCUUGGCUAAUGAAAAAUGUUGGAGCUAAACAAGUAACUUUGCAAUUAGACCAAUGAAUUAUUGGUCUAAUACAGACAAGCCAUUAUUAGUAUGGGAACUUUCUCACCCAUUUCAGGAAUCAUGUAUAGAAUUGAAGCAAUAAAAAAAAUUACUAUAUUAUCAUAGAUUUCUGAAUUUCAGCAAACCUAAAGCACUUAACUGAAAACAUUUCAACCUCAUAUUACAACCUUACAAGACAAAUAUAAAUUUUUUUCCUUCUAUUUAUAAAUGGGAAAAUAAAUGAUUAAAACAAAUGUCUUGAAUGUAGCUCAAACACAGUUAACACAACAGUGGAAUACAUAGAGGAGAAAAGCUUGUUAAAUCUGAUGAAAACAUAGCUUUUAGUCUGAAGGGAAACAGCUCAGUAGGGAGAUGAGUCUGGGGGGGACUCCUUUCCAUGCUUGGUGCCAUACUAGCAGACUCCUAGCUGAGUCAUUAUGGGGUGACUCAGGGGUUUUUUGUUUGUUUUUUAAACUGGUGGUGGUCGUGUUGUGUGAAUUCAAAUAUUUCUUUAGAGUAUGGGGGAAAUGCUGAUGGUGAUAUUACCUCAUAUUCUUCAUGCCAACCUGUUUUGGAAUUCUGCCCAGGAAUGAAAAUUAUGCCUAAUUAUUUUACUUAUCUUAAUAAAGUAGAAUUUAGUCGUUGUGAUUGUCUUAAGAUUAUUAAGGCACAGAUAAAUAGUUGGUGGAGGAUCACAUUGAUGUAUUGUAUGCAGAUGGAUUUCUCUAUUCUUAAUCUUCAACAUUGCUGAGAGUCAUUUCUUCACUAUUAAUGGAAAUCUGUUGGAAUCUUUGUGGUCUUGAACCAUGUUGUAAAUAAAGAAACUUAUGUGAUGGAAAAUAUGGAGUACCAUCACCCAGAGUUUAGGGUGACUCAAUUGUCUUACAAAAUAACUGCUGAUGGAACUGAUAGGGAAAGGAAGCAGUCAUUUAUUAGAUGACUAGCUUGAAAUUCCCAGUGUAUAUUAAAAGGAUUGUGAACCUCA